CGGAACGCUUCUUUCAACAGCAGCAACAGUUAGUCAGCCACCUCGGUAGCUUGCUAGCCAAAAUAGCCGAAUCAAUAAAACUCUUUAGACGCUUUAGUGUAUAUUAGCAACUGUGUUGUAAACCCACUUCUGUCGUCUAGUUAGUUAUUCGAUUUAAUUUCAUAUUUACGGUAUUGUUGUUAUUAUUCAGCUAGCGGGCUGAUUAAGUUAGCAUUAGCCUAGCUAGCUAACAUCCCCGACCAUGAGGUCACUAAGCUACUCUCCUCCUGCCAAAGAAGAGGCGGUCUGCUGAUAGGAGAAAGAAGUUAUCGUGAAAGAGGAGGAUAUCAUAGUAAAACAAGAAGUAGAGGAUGAGGCUGUUACAGUGAAAGAAGAAGAGUAAUACGUUUCAGUGAAAGAAGAGGAGGAAGAGAAAGAGGAUGCAGUUUUUGGAGUGAAAGAGGAGGAGGGGGAGAUGACUGUCACAUCGAAAGAGGAGGAAACUAGAUAUCUGUGCCCGGUUUCCGAAACGCAUCUUAAGGCAUCCAAUAGUUCUAACGAUGAACAGGCCCUGGUUAACACUAGAGAGAGACGGGACUAUCGUGGAUCCUCUGUGGAUCCUCAGCAACAUCAUGAUGCUGACGAGGCAGAGAAAAGUCUUUUCAGAUCAGAUCUCCUCAAGAAAUACCAUCAGAGACGCACAGGGAAGAAAUCUCAUUGCUGCUCUGACUGUGGGAUACGUUGCAAAUAUUAAUCAGAACUUAAAAUACACCAGAGAAUACACACAGGAGAUAAAUCUUAUAGCUGUGAUCAAUGUGGGAAGUGUUUUAUUCGGCUACAAACCCUGAAAUCACACCAGAGAACACACAGGAGUUCUAGUUCUUAGGAAGACGAGUUUCCUAGAAGCUAGUGAGUUUUAUAUUGUAGAAGGUGAAGCAUUGUAGUUGAUUAUAAUGUGGAGUGGAAGUUGUUUUCUGUUGGUGGAAAGCAAACUCAUCCAACAAAAAUAUAGGAUAUAUUUGUUGUCUUAAGGUGUGAGGGUGGACUUUAGCACGUAGGAAACGGGGAUACCUAGUCAGUUGUUCAACUGAAUGUGUCUUCCGUGCACUGAUUGGUGUCACCUAGUUAGUCAGUAUGUGUUACACCUGUGCUGGUCCAGGUUCUAUUUAAGAGUGUCUGGCCCAGUGCUCCAGUUGUUUUGAUAGAUGUGGAGAGUCAACACCUUUAGUUGCUCCACCUUUUUGGUUUAAAAUGUUUUCAUUUCAGGUUGAAGCUUCUUUCUGAAGAGAGCUUUUUUUUGAAGAAAAAUGAAUACAAACAAGCAAACCUGGUCGGUUCCGGGGAUUGGUAUAGCAAAUACCGUAAGAUUUUCAUGGACUGAAAAGGAGAUGGAACCUUGGGGCAGGGAAACUUUUGGAAGGACCAUAUUGAUGGGAUGCCUCAGGAUAGAGGUGAAGGAAGUACUCUGCAUUCAAGGCAACCCAAAUGAAAAGGGUUUUGAUGUGACGUUUCACAAGCAAGAGAAACAUGAUGAUGUAUUGAAGAUGGCAAAGGAAGCGGAAAGAAAAGGACCCCUGUGCCAUUAUGCGGUGACCAGCCUGGCAAAGAACAACUUCAGGGUGGUCACCGUAAACAUGUACAAUCCGCACGUGAAGGAUGAAGAAGUGAGGGCCUUUCUGGGGAGAUACAUGGACAAUGUCUCCUCAGCGAGGUACCUCAGGGACUCCCUGGGUUUCUGGAACGGGAGGAGAGGGUUCCAGGCGUUACUCAGGGAGUCCAAGAAGAGUGUGGAUGGCCUCCAUCCUCCACCUCCAUCCUCCGGCGAUGUUCUCCCUGGGGGCUGACAGGGGAACACUCUACUAUGCACGUCAGCCCCCGUUCUGCAGGCGUUGUAUGGCCUACGGCCAUAUCCUGGCCUCGUGCAGCGCCAAGAAAUGUUGUUUUUGUGGGUCGGAAGAGCACGAGGCCAAGGAGUGUGACGAGCCCAAGGCUUGCAACGGGUGUGGCUCAAGAGCACACCUGUGGCGUGAUUGCCCGGCUCGUCACAGGUCAUACGCGUCUGCAGCUGGGGGGGGGGGGGGGGGGGGUGGGGGGAGGAAAGAAAGGACGCGUGCGGAUUGCAUGGAUGGCACAGGGGAAAAGACGGCGCAGGAAGAAGAUGGGAAGAAAGAUGAGGUGGGAAGAAAGAGGCGAGGAGAAGAAAAGAAUGGAACAGAAGGAGAGAAGAAAAAGGGGACGGAAGAAGGUGGAGGAGCUGAGAAGAGGGAGAAGGGGACAGUGGUACGAGAAGGAGUGGAAGAGGGAACGGGGACAGUGACGGAGAAGGAGGGAGGAGUGGGGGGGGGAGAUGGGGGGAAGGAGUGGGGGGACAGCCUGCCAGGCUUCCUCGAGGUCGAAAUUAGGGAUUUGGUGGAGGGGUUAGUGGGGAUGGGACGUUGUGUCUCCCCGCUACCUCCUUCACCAAAGAAGAAAGGGAUAAAGAGGGGGAGCUUGUGGAUGACUCCAGUGAGGGGUCGGUGGGUUGUUUGCUAG